AUGCUUCUCAUCACUGGUGCAGACCAAGCUCUUGGCCACUCCAUCAUUUCCCAUCUAUCGCGCUAUGAAAAUGCUCGAUCCCAAAUACGAGCCUUGUGCCAGAAUCAACAACCAUGCAUUAAUUUUGCGAACAAAGGCGUGGACGUGCGACAAGUGGAAUAUCAUCAUCCUCAUCAAUUAUCAUUAGCCAUGCGAGGUGUCGACCAUAUGAUUCUCACUCUCGGCAAUGAAUUCGAUCGUUUGGAGCAUGCUAAAUAUGUGUGCCAGACGGCCAUUCAGUCGGGCGUCAAAUCCAUUAUCUUUGUAUCACACGUGGGAGCGGUAUCUCAUGCACAUCCAUCGCUUCAACACUAUGCUGAAAUCGAGGACCAAGUCGUCAAUUCCGAUUGCGAUUGGAUUAUCCUCAGACCCGAGUGGAUCAACCAAAACUUUCACCUUUGGGCAUCCUAUGUUGAAAAGCACCGACGAUUUCCUCUACCCAUUCCAGAUGAUACCGAGAUAUGUCCCAUUGAUAUGAGCGAUAUCUGCAAAGUCAUCGAAGAACUGGUAUUAGACAGGAACAAGAACCUGGUGUCAAAGUUGGAAGACGACCAUAUUGGGCAGGUGUACACAUUAACGGGACCGCAGUCCGUCACGGGGAAACAGAUUAUGGAAAUGUUGUGUGAGACGACCGGAUACACCAAGCUUACAUUUGAGCCAACCCGCUCAAUGGAUAUCCGAUACUAUCUUGAAAAUCUGCGAAGAGACAUCUGGUUUGAUGCUCGUCUCAAACAAGAAAAUCGACAAAUAUACCAUGACACGUUCGAAGGGUACAGUUACCGCACCAAAGCAUUUGCCAUCCCUACAGCCACUCAGAUUAGUACAUACCUGGAUUACUUUGAUUGGGUCCACAAAAGUGCCAGCAGCAUAUGCGUUCCACAUGCCAGUGUGAUCACUUCAUUGCCCUGUCGAUCUCUGCGGAAGUUCUUCCAAGAGAAUGCCAACAGCUUCAAACCACGAGUGUAA